ACACCAACCCAGAAUACAGCAAGUUGCCCUCGUGGGAUUUGGGAAUACUUGUAAUAUGAAGCUGUUAGCAGGAAUUGUGCAACUUCUUUUCCUCCAGAACUGGAGUCUGAUGAUGGGGAGGGCCAUGCCAGUGAGCUCUACAAGCUGUGCGCACAGCAAUAACUGCAGUGAUAUUGACACUAUUGUUGUACAGAUACAAAACAAGAUUCGACAGAUGAAUGCAAUCGCGCAGAAUCUCACUGACCAAUAUAUUCAAAGAAAUGGCAUUACAAACCUGAGCCAGUGUAACCCAGAAUCAGGAAAAGGUAUCCUUAAGACAAAGAACACCAGCAUAGAGCAGACAAUGAAUGAGUUAUACAAUAUUUCCGUUAACAUAAGGGACGCGCUACACAAUGUCACAGAGUUCCAAAAGACCCUUACAUCUAGACAACCGUGGUUUGAUCAACUGGAUAAUACUGUUACAGGGAUCGAAGUCAUUAUUCUCAAUCUCAGGUGUUACCUUUGCAAAGCAAACAUUUGGAAUCAGGAGACUGUCAGACGCCACCAUACAUAUUUCUCACAAAACAAUUCGACAUAUGCUAAGAAAAUUAGUGGUUGCAAAGUUAUUAUGAAGUAUAGAAAUAUCAUCUCUCAAGCUGCUGAAAUUGAUUUUGUGGCACUGCGGAACUCUGGCCGAAAAUAAGAGAGAGGAACAUUUAUCAAAAAAUUGGAUGGUAGGAAGAGUGCACUUAUAACUGGAUCACGCAAAUGGAUCAAAUGAAUUAAGGUCAUGAAUACCAGUUGCAAAGUGAAACGAAAAAGGGUCACCAAAUACAACCGCGGUCUACUUCUGUGCCUUAGAAAUGCAAAGGGAAGGAAAUAUGGUUAUUCUAGACUGUAUUGAGAAGUGUAUUUACCAGCAAUAUAAACCUCAUAUUUGUGUCUUGAAGAAUACAGUAAUAUUUGAGGUCAAAGAGUGAAAGUUUCACUCGCUCUUAACACUGCAUUGUGCCAAGACAUUACCAGCUCUGAUCUGAAACAUUGUGGAAACAGCAAGCCAAAGAUAAUUGUGUGUCCAGUUGCACUAGCUACUCUAAUCACUCAUCACUGAAUGUAUUAAGUAUGUGAUGGGAUCUUUAAACUCGUACUUCAAAAGGGACACUCUACCAAGCCACUUGUUCUGAUCAUGCACCAAAGUGAUAUACUUGCAAUAUAUGUACCUCAAACACUGAUGCUAAAACAAUCUGCAGGCCAGAUGUGAAUUUAGCGGAAUAUUUAUAUUACAAAAGUAAACCUAAAAAAAAACAAAAAACAACAACAUGUGCGUCAGCGACAAUAGCUUUGCACAAAUGAAAGGAAGUCAAGUUGCCUCUUAAAUCUGUGUAUACGUUUCUUAGUGUCAUUUAAGCACAUUUGGUUCUUUAAGAAGACACUGAUUAAUCCACCGUGGAUUUCGUGAGCAGACACAAAAAAAACCUGCAUUUUUGGACCAAUGUUGAGAGACUCAUGCAUAAAAAAAAUGGGCUUCCAGUAGGGA